UCCUGCAGCAGCCUCCCCUAUCGGCUCCUCUCCUCGGCUGCUCCCCGCCUGCGACAGCUCAGCAGCGGUGUGGUCGCUUCGAACGAGCGCUAACGGAAAGGAGAAAAAAACCCGCUCCACUCCACACUGAAAGGCCUCCACCUCACUGUAGACUAGCUACAGUCACUCCGACGCCGGAUACCGCACAUAAACACCCCUAGAGAGGCUUUUGGUCGACUUUAAUUUGCUUUUUUUUAUAUCAGAAAAAGCCAAUCCCCAUAAUGGCGACAGCUUUCCCUGCUGGCUCCAGCCCCGGACCGGGAACGGAGCUCGUCCGCGGACAGGCCUUCGACGUUGGGCCUCGGUACAGCAACCUCUCCUACAUCGGGGAGGGCGCCUACGGGAUGGUGUGCUCCGCUUAUGACCGGGACAACAAGCUCCGCGUGGCCAUCAAAAAGAUCAGCCCGUUUGAGCACCAGACCUACUGCCAGCGCACCCUGAGGGAAAUCAAAAUCCUGCUGCGCUUCAAGCACGAGAACAUCAUCGGCAUCAACGACAUCAUCCGGGCGCCGUCCAUCGAGCAGAUGAAGGACGUAUACAUCGUCCAGGAUCUCAUGGAGACAGACCUCUACAAGCUCCUGAAGACCCAACACCUGAGCAACGACCACAUCUGCUACUUCCUCUACCAGAUCCUACGAGGGCUCAAGUACAUCCACUCUGCCAACGUGCUGCACCGCGACCUGAAGCCCUCCAACCUCCUCCUCAACACCACCUGCGAUCUCAAGAUCUGUGACUUCGGCCUGGCUCGCGUGGCGGAUCCCGACCACGACCACACCGGCUUCCUAACAGAGUACGUCGCCACGCGCUGGUACAGAGCUCCAGAGAUCAUGCUCAACUCCAAGGGCUACACCAAGUCCAUAGACAUCUGGUCGGUGGGCUGCAUCCUGGCUGAGAUGCUGUCAAACAGGCCAAUCUUCCCUGGGAAGCACUACCUGGAUCAGCUCAACCACAUCCUGGGGAUCCUGGGCUCCCCCAGCCAGGAAGACCUCAACUGCAUCAUCAACCUCAAGGCCAGGAACUACCUGCUGUCGCUGCCGGUGCGCUGCAAAGUGCCGUGGAACCGCCUGUUCCCCAACGCCGACAAUAAAGCUCUGGACCUCCUGGACAAAAUGCUGACGUUUAACCCUCACAAGAGGAUCGAGGUGGAGGAGGCCCUGGCCCACCCUUACCUGGAGCAAUAUUACGACCCGUCGGACGAGCCCAUCGCCGAGGCUCCGUUCAAGUUCGACAUGGAGCUGGACGACCUGCCCAAAGAGACGCUGAAGGAGCUCAUCUUCGAAGAAACGGCUCAGUUCCAGCCCGGCUUCAGGUCCUAACGGCUCUCAGGAGAUUCUGCGGACAGGCUUCUGCGUCGCCACUGCUCCUCCCCGCCUCCACUCUGUUGCUGUGAUUUUUUUGUUUUGGGGUUUUGGUUUGCUUUGUUUUUUUUUUAACUCUCUCCUGUUCACAC